GGAGAUUACAGAUGAUGAUGGCUGCCAUGUUGAUGGUGAUUUUAGGUAGAUCUCAUGGAUCAGUCCGGGAUUAAGCCUGAAAAAAUGGAGCUGGUUGUUGUCACUCAUGUUGUGGAUGCCAUCACGUUUUGGGCUCAGAGUGUGGCAGACAAAAAUGAGAAGAUAGAUGCUGUACUUUCAGAAAAGUGCCCCACCGCCCUGAUACUGAAGGGUAGACCAAGUCCACAGAAGGUCUAUGGAGCACGAUAUUCAGAAGACAAGUGCUGGUACAGGUGUAAAGUGCAACAGCAAUCGGAUGACAAGUUCUACAUUUUGUACAUUGAUUAUGGAAAUAUGGAGAUUGCCAGCCGGUCUGAUUUAGUUGAACUCCCAGAUGACUUGCAGACAACGGGGCUUGCAAAAAAGUACAUGUUUUGGGGCUUUCAUGUGUCAAGCGAACAGAAUUCCCCACUUUAUUCACAGGGGAGGUCCUUCCUUCAGAAUAUGAUUCAUGGAAAGAACUUGCGUGUCCAUAAAAAGUCAGUUUGCUUUGACGGAACCAUCUUGGUUCAAGCCUUCCAGGGAAAUCUAGACAUUGGUGAGGAGCUGUUGAAAUUUAAGUUUGCGAGAGUCAGUCUCCCAGGCAACAAGGAGAACUCCCUCCCCUCAGUUGGUCUGCAAGAACAGGCAGGACUAUGGCCCACCAGGAACCCCCCAGUGCAGUUGGACAACCUCGGAUCCUCAUUAGGGUGCAUGCCCAAAUUACGACCAAUUAUCUCAGACCAGAAACCUCAAUGACUAACCCACAUUUCUUUGCAUUUUCUUAGGGAGCAGAAAACCACCAUUGCUCUCCAGCCUGUGGAGAAAUUAAAUAUUGACCAGGAACCUAUAAUAGAGAUCAGGUCACAAAAGACAGAUGUAGACGUACAGCAGGAUACUGAGCUGAAUGAGACAAAGUCUAAGCUGCAGAGGAUGAGAGUGGUGAUAGAAGAGAAGGAGAUGGAGAUCAAGAAGCUCAAAGAGGAAGGAAGUGCCAUCCAGCAGUAUUCAACUCUCCUGGGGCAGCAGCUUGAAGAGGCCAAAUUGGAGCUCCAGGUACCAGUGGGAUAGCACUGGACAGUGAAGGAGAUUAAAUGUAAUCAUCCGACAACAGUUGCAGACAGAAUUUCCCAGCUGGCUAAGAAAGUGGAUUCUCUGAGGAAGCUAAGGGAGAGUAACCCAUGCUCUACUGCUGAGGAUCACCUGUUAGAAUCCAUCACCAUCAUCAUGAACUACAGGAUCUCAAUGCCUUUGAGCUCAGAGAAGCUGGAGCUUGCAUGGAAAGUGUAUGAUCAAACCCUGAAGAAUCUAAGAGCAUGUCAAACUAUGGGGGAAAUAGAGUCUCUGGUGAACAGCAGGAAUGAGGCCCGCAAUGCUCUCUCAGCUGCUGUGGACAACUUCCUGCUGGAGAUAGACAAGCUACCAAUUAAUGAUCGCCUUGGUAGGCUGAAGGAAGUUGGGUCAUCAUUGAGUGCAAUGUUUAAUUCAGUUGCACUGGAGGAGCAAACAGAGGAAUAUUCUUUUGAGAGGUUCUGUGAGUGGAAGAGACAGAAACACCAGAAAAUCAAGAAUGUGCAAAGAGCUACAGAUGAAGCUCUCCUUGCCCUUAGCAACUGGGCAGCCAGACUUAGCAAGUUUUUGUGUUUGAUGGAGAAAACGUCACUGACAGAGGAAGAUGUUGCUGAAGGUGUGGGUGAGAUCCUGAUGAAUGCUGACACAGCCGUGUGUGAAGAACUCACUACUGCAUUCUCUGAACAGGAAAGUCAUGAGAGGAAAAUAGUGUGCAAUGCCUUUCACAAAGCCAUGCAGGACAUCCAAAGAGAGCGUUGUUUGUUAGAGGACAUCAGGCAGAAGUAUGAACUCAACACAAAGUUUAAGCAGGAAGUCCAGCAGUGGGAGAGCAGCCCUCCUAAAGCAGAUGAGCUGUUUUCAGUGAAAAAGCGCAUCAGGAGCCUGCGAUCUCAGCUUCGCUGGAAACUGGUAGAGGUCAGCUGUCUGGAGGAGGCAGAAGAGCUGGACCUGCCUGAGAUUCUUAAGAAGAAGGAGGAGAUCGCUGAGACGAGAAAUGCUCUCUUUCAAGAAAUCAGCCACGAGAAGAAGCAAUAUAAAAUGUUGUGUGACCUGGUGAACAGUGGCUUUCCAGAACUACCGAUGAUCUACCCUGAUGCUGACAUAAAAAGCUUCAUGAGCUCUGCAGGGCUGUUAAUGAAGAGCUUGGACAGAGACAUGUUUGACGCAGAGCCAAUGAGAGAGCUGAGUGGACGGAGACCUCUUUUAAGCACAGACUUCCAGGGGCAGAAAGUAGUCCUGAAGUGCUACACCAUAGAUGAAGAGUCUGAGGAGAAGAUGCUUAAACAGGCUGCCCAGUAUCACAGAGCUCAGCAGCAGAAUCCGUCUACAACUGUGCCUCUUUUGGCCCUGUUUUGCGGCAAAUCUGAUCCACUGGCCUACAUCAUGGUACCACACUACUCUAACGUAAAUCUCAGAGCCAUUCAGAAAUCCUCCCCACUGUCCCCUUCUGAGAUUAAGAAGGUAAUGAAAGGCGUAACUCUGGGUCUACAGAGUCUCCAUGCAGCGUCUGUUACUCAUGCAUCUCUACACCCCAAUAAUGUGUUUGUCAUUGGCAGAGAGAAAGGCAUUGUGGGGGAUUAUGAUCUCACAAAAACACCUGAGCAGAGGGUGACUGACAGUGGAAUGGUUGCUGGCACCAUCAGUUUGGUGGCUCCAGAGUUGAGACGUGGUAAGCCCCCCUCCCAAGCCAGCGACAUGUAUGCGUUUGGAGGCAUCAUGCUUUGGCUACAUGUUCCAGACUUUAAUGGAGCUCUAGAGAGUGAGCAUCUACAUGUAGAGCUCACUGGACUACAUCUGGAUGCCAAUUUACAAGUCCUCCUCUCAAAGCUACUGGUUUCAUCUGAAAGACUUUCUGCCCCUGAGACUCUUAAGCAUGACUACUUCCUCUCAGCUGAUAUAUAAGUGAAAAGUUUUCAUGUUUGCAUUGUUUUUCUUUAAAAAAAACAAAAAA